AAGUACAUCGUUUGGGCUGUCGCAAAGAAGGGCCUCAGCGUCAUUGGAUGACGAUGAUAUUCAGCUCAGCUAGGAGUAGUGAGCCGCAUCUAUCUAAUCUAUUUAAUAUUUAACAAUGCUUUUGAUCGGAGCAUUCAACAUGUUGAAGUACCGCUUAGACUUACUAGUCACGCAAUCAAUCACACAUACUUUUCUGGCAUCGACAAUGGCACAAACUUUCAGAAAAAAGCAGAAGAUACAAGCGAAUACUAUGGUCAUAAGAUCGACUCAAGAACAGCGUCAGGAACGAUUCAACAAAGUCCGGGGUAUAGUAGGUUCCCUGUACCAACUUAGUAAGGCGUUUCCUUUUUUCAUAUCACUGACGUGUCCUGCUGGUCCUUACUGGCACACCCAGUGUGCAAAACAAUCUGGUCGAGCUAUGGGGCUUCUUGAGUCGGCUAUAUCCACUCAUUCACAACGAUUAUUUCACGAAUCCUUUGACCUCUCUCGUGGCUCGUACUCGAUACCAUUCCUAAAGGCUGCACAAGAGCUCUUACUUGCUGCACCAAGGCGAACGUCGAUAUAGCCGUACCACCACGCGAAGAGUCAUAUCCAUGACAGAGGCCCAGACUUAUAAGUAGAUUGUUGACACAGAAUACAACGAACCUAAAAAGAUAUUUACAUAUCUGUCAGCCAACGAUGAUCGAGCAGUCCGUG